GGCAGGUAAUCCGGACUCGGCUUAGGUGGUCCAACCGCAAACAAAGUUGACUUGAACCGCCCAGUUUGAUUCAUGAAACGGGUAAUUUGUCUAUUUGAUGAUCGUCUACCCUUUUAAUGGCGGGAAUUCUCGUCUUCCCGUUCCUGGUCCCGUGUCCCGUGUUGUAGACUACCAUUUCGGUUCUUCCUUCUGUUUGAAGCAAAAUAGGACAAGAUCAGUGAACAGUAGAAAAAUCGCCUCUCAUGGAAGGUCUGCAGCAACAGCAGCAGCAGAGCAAACGGAACCCUAUGCCUAAUAACGAGAAGAUGACGAAGAAGAAUAAGAAAAACAACAAGACCAACAAAUUCGAGUUCUGCAAAGUCUGUAAUCUCAACCACGACCAAGGCCGGCGCCACAUUUACUUUCCUAACCAUAUAAAAUCCCUCUCUUCCUACCUUUCUCGGUUCCACAAGAAGCUCUCCGACGUUCGUUUCUUCCUCAAAAACCCUAGUCUCCUCCGCCCAGAGCACGCUCCUCGGAAUCGACUCUGGUGCGUUUUCUGCGAUUCUGACAUUGAAGAGCUCGAUAGCUUAUUCGCUUGUGGUAACGCAAUUACUCAUUUCGCGAGUGCUGAGCACUUGAAGAAUUUAAACUAUUUCUUGUGGAAGUAUGGUGGAGGGAUGGAUCGAGUUGAUUCUUUCAGAAUUUCUGAUGAAGAUGUCUCUAAGUGGGAGAAGAAAUGUGAAUCACUGAAGAGUUUUGCUUCAUCUUCAAGCGAAGGAUCUUAUGGACCAUCACUUGGACCUUGGAAAGAUAUCCAAAAUAAACAUUGCUGUGAAAAUACAGAUAGUAAUGAAAAAAAUAAAGUGAAGUCUUUUAAGUUUAGUUUUUCAAAUAGUGUUCUGCCUUUACAAUGUUCUACGAAAGAGAGAUAUCAGGUAUCUCAUCCAGAAACCAAUGAAAUUGCAAGUGCUGGUCUUUUUUCAUAUAAUGCUACUUCUUUGCCACUGAGUACAGAAGAUAAUAUGCAUAAUUGGGGCAUGCACCUCAACAAAAGCACUUCAAUGGAUUUGACAGCUUCUACAUGUGACCCAGUUUACAGUGGUAACCAACAUUCCCUGGUUGAGAACAGUUGGAAAUGCUCGGUUGAUUGGUCUCUUAGUAGUGAAGGGGUUGAUAGAAUGGGCAAUGGAAAGAGCAGUAACCAUGUGUUGCAGAAUCUCACUCAAGUUUUUCCUCUGCUUCUUGAAGAGUCCAAAGGAAAUGUGCAUACAGGAGCUCCUCCACCUUGGUUUGAAAAGAAUGAAGAAAAUGAACUAAAUUUUCAAGUAGACAUAGGAUCUAACACCAAUUCUCUUGCUUCUUCCUCAAGCAAGUCAAGAAUGAGUGGAAAGUUGAAUCCAAAACGGGUGGGAGCUGCUUGGGCAGAAAAGCGGAAGAUUGAAAUUGAGAUGGAGAAGAGAGGAGAGAUCGUCUCAAGUAGCUGUGAUACUGAUUGGCUUCCUAAUUUCGGUAGAGUUUGGCAAUCAGGUACUCGAAAGGAAUCCAGAAAAGAGUUUGAAAUGGAGAAACACAAAUUGCUGAAGGUUGAGUGUCUAUCUGAGGGAACAAUAAAGUUACAACCUUACAUUAGCAAACGAAUGCGAAAAGAUACAGGUCAAUUUGAAGGUCCUGCUGAUUGUUCUUGAAGGAUGUUCUGAUUUUCCUUGAAACAUCUGGUUUCAAAUUCCUUCCGUUGGGGGUCAUCUCAUAUUCAAGAAAGAUGGUGGUGCUGCCGGCAUUAAGUGAAGAUAGAAGGAACUGCAGUCUUAAACUGAAGGCUAGGAAGUUGAAGGAAGCUCUAAGGGAGAUAAGGUUUGACAUAAGGUGGAAUAUCUUCUAUGUGAUGGUGGUAAUGGCAGAGUUAGCAAAGUGUCUGAGUGUGUAAAGCAUGCUUAAGGAAAACUAUGUAGUGCUAAAAAAUGCUAGGAACUAGUGCCAGUCCAGCUGCCCUAGCAUGUCUGGAUGGAGAAGAGUGUGUCGGGUGAGAAUUUGAGGUUGGGUAGGGGUUGAGUGAGAGGAAGAUGCGAACUGGGGGUUGAUUCUUGAGUUCUACACUAUCUUCUUUUCUUCUUUCUUCUCUCAUAUGGCGAAUCAAAUCGAAUGCAGUUCAGUUGAAGACGCCGGUGGUUUCUUACCUGCUAUAUGGUCUACCGUCUACCGUCCAACUUAGAACAUGCCAACCCGCCCUUCUAGUGAAGCAUUCACGUGGAAGUGGAAACAACCAUCUUCGCAAGAUUAUCCAAUCAAACUAUCUUUGCAAGGUUUGCUGGCUUUGCUUGAUCACUCAGGGCUCAGGGGCAAGGUUCAGAGUAUCAGCACGUGGCAUGCAAAAAUUGCAUAUCGUGUUUUCGGAGGAGCGAUACACCCGUUAAGAAUGGUUUUUAGUGUAAAGUUUUGAAACCAUGGCAAGCACAAGGGGGCUAAUUUGUGGGUGAAGACCAUUGCACUUUACCCGUUUACCGGCCUGAUUUUAUCUUUUGAUAAAGCACAUACCCAUCCUUACUCUUAGUAAGGAGAACAUCCUUUGAUGCAACAUCGUUGUUUCAUUCAGAUUCAUGAAUAAUGUUGAAAUGAAUUGAUUUUUCCCCAUUUUUUUAA